AUACCAUAUAAUCAAUUCUGUUCACAUUGUAUAACCAUUAUUUGAAUCGCAGUACGCAUAAAAACGUUCGUAAAGAAAAAAGAAUUCUAUUUUUUUAAAAACCAUUCCUUUUAUAAGAAUCAACAAAUUAAGGUACAUUUUAUUUAUAAUAAAAUGUGUGGAAUUUGGGCCCUCCUUGGGUUGGAUGAUCAACCUUUCACCUGUGUGUGUAAGAACUUUGAAAAAAUAGUACAUCGUGGUCCAGAAGCCUUUAGAAUUGAAUUCGAUAAAGCAGUCAAGAAUGGGUAUAUUGGAUUUCAUAGACUGGCUAUUGUUGAUAGUUUCCAUGGAAUGCAGCCCAUGAGACUUUAUACAUAUCCACAUCUUUUUUUAUUAUGCAAUGGUGAAAUUUAUAACCAUAAAGAACUUGGCCAGGAAUAUGGAUUUCAAUACAGUACUGAAUGUGAUGUUGAAGUGCUAAUACACUUAUAUGCAAAGAAAGGUGCAGAAAAUGUAGCCAAAGUGCUUGAUGGUGUUUUUGCUUUUUUUUUAAUGGACAUCAAAAAUAAAAAAAUUCUUAUUGGUAGAGAUCCUUAUGGAGUUAGACCUCUUUUCCGAUUAAAAUCUGAUGAUGGACAACUUGCAGUUUGUUCAGAGAGCAAGGGACUUAUGGAAAUAACAAAACAAAUAACAUCAAAAUGGAUAUUAGAACCAUUUAAACCAGGUCAUUACGAACAGUAUGAAAUCUUAGACAAUGGUAGAACAAAAUUACUGACAAGAGUAAAUUUUAAAAUGUAUGAACCUUGGGAUGCUUUGAAUACUACAGAUAUACUUGGAAACAUAAGAACAUUACUUUCAGCAGCUGUAAACAAAAGAUUAAUGUCUGAUAGAAGAAUAGGAUGCCUAUUAUCAGGUGGUCUAGAUUCAAGUUUAAUUGCAGCUCUACUCGUAAAAUAUGCAAAAGAGAAAAAAUUACCAUACAAAAUACAAAGUUUUGCUAUUGGAAUGAGUGAUAGUCCAGAUAUCAUUGCAGCUAGACAGGUUGCAGAUUUUAUAGGAACAGAACAUCAUGAAGUAACUUUUACAGAAGAGGAUGUGACAGAAAUUUUGGACAAACUCAUCUACCAAUUAGAAACUUUUGACAUUACCACAAUUCGAGCGUCCAUUGGCAUGUACCUUAUCUCAAGAUACAUUAAACAUAAUACAGAAACAACUGUAAUAUUCAGUGGAGAAGGUGCAGAUGAACUGGCACAAGGAUAUAUAUAUUUCAGAGAUGCACCUGGUUCAUUAGAAGCUCAUGAUGAAUCUAUUCGAUUAUUAAACGAUAUCUAUUUAUAUGAUGGCUUGAGAGCAGAUAGAACAACUAGUGCUUUCAGUUUGGAACUACGAGUUCCAUUCUUAGAUCUUCAGUUCACAAAUUAUUAUCUAUCAUUGGAUGCUACUUCCAGGCAACCUCAAGGAGGGAUUGAAAAGUAUUUAUUAAGAUCUGCAUUCGAUGGUACCAAUCUAAUACCGUCAAACAUACUUUGGAGGCAUAAAGAAGCAUUCAGCGAUGGUGUAACAUCAGCGAAAAAAUCUCUUUUCCAAAUCAUACAUGAAAUUGUAGGUAAACAUAUAUCAAAUGAAAUCAUGGCUAAUGCUUAUCUUGCAUAUUCUCAUUGCACUCCAAAAACCAAAGAAGCACUAUAUUAUAGAAUCGUCUUUGAGAAACAUUAUGGUGGACAAGCUGAACGUUUUACACCAUACUUCUGGAUGCCACGUUGGGUAAAAGGAGUUCGUGAUCCAUCUGCACGAUUUAUUUCUCAUUAUGCAGCAGAUGUAUAAAAUGAUAACAAAGAAACUAAAAAGAAAUGAUUUUUAUCUACUUAAUCCACGUU